CUCACACUCCCCCUGCCUUCGGUGGGAAAAUUCCUGCUGGAACAUCCAUAGUAGAUUGAACUCUGGAAUUAUAGCGAAAAAACACUCGUCUGUGACACAAGGCAGGGGAUUUUCGUGCAUGUUCUUUCACAUAUCGUCCAGAAAGCCAUCAUCUUGAUGUGGAUCAUGGCUUCCUGAUUUGAUCUUCUGGACCCCUGUCAUCUGGUUCCUUGGAUCCAACAUUGGCUCAGUGAUGAACCACACACCCAGCCCCAGCCACAUGACUGAGGCCGCCAAGUCCGGGGCAGGCUUGUUGUGCGGCCUCGGCCUGGGCCCGGAUAGGAUGCGUUCCCCUGACAGCCUGACCCACACAUCCAGCCCGUCGGGAGGAACGCCCAGCUCCAGCCCACCCCUGCUGCUCUCUCCAGGCCUGGGCUGCGAUGGAGGCAUUGGGGACUGGGAGAGCCGCGAGGAGCUCCGUCUGCGCGAGCUGGAGGAGGCACGGGCACGUGCGGCUCAAAUGGAGAAGACCAUGCGCUGGUGGUCAGACUGUACAGCAAACUGGAGGGAGAAAUGGAGUAAGGUCCGUGCCGAACGCAACAGGGCACGGGACGAGGUCCGGCAGCUGAGGCAGCGUUUGGACGCCCUAACCAAAGAGCUGACAGGGGUGAGACGAGAACGGCAAGAGCUGGCGGCUGAAAACGAACAGCUGCGACUGGAGGCCCAAAGGGUCCGGGCUGAGCAGAGCUCCCCGGCUGAUACUUCCUCCACACCUGUAUCUGACUCCUCGACAGCCUCCGCCCACUCCUGCCAGCUGACAGAACCAGACAGCAAGCAGCCGAAGCAGGAUGAGGAGAGAGUGAGAGAUGGACCAGGCUCUCCAGAGCAGGAACCCGUGAGAGAUGUUGGCACAGAGAAACCAGACAGACAGAAGGAGUUGGAGUUAUUGGAGGCUCUUCUCAGGGCAAAGUCAGAGGCUCCAGAAUCAUGGGACAUGCGCAGUGUCAGUAGCUUGCGCUCGGUUCUGAGUCGGCAUGAUCGGAGCAGACUUCUGUGGGAGGACCUGGCUGCCCUGGAGGAGGACUCCAGCAAGCUCAACGCACUCCAGCUCCGCCUUGACGAGUCCCAGAAAGUCCUGCUGAAAGAACGAGAGGAUAAACACACGCUCAUUAAGAACAUUGAGAAGCUGGAGACAGAUCUGAGUCAAUGGAAACUCAAAUAUGAGGAGCUGAACAAGAUCAAACAAGAGGCUUUAAAACAGCUGAACUUGCUGAAAGAAGUACACCAGGAUGAGCUGGGUCGCAUGUCUGAAGAUCUGGAGGACGAGCUGGGUGCUCGUACCAGUAUGGACAAGAAACUGGCAGAGCUGCGUUCAGAGAUGGAGCGUCUCCAGGUGGAGAACGCUGCCGAGUGGGGUCGUCGAGAGCGUCUGGAGACGGAGAAGCUGGCUCUAGAGAGGGAAAACAAAAAGCUGCGUGCCCAGAUGGAAGACCUGGAGGAGCAGCUGGCACGCAAGCGCAGGCAGGCCGCCAGUGCCCUGGACACUGACCUCAAGACCAUCCAGUGUGAACUGUUCGAGAGGAACAAGGAACUGGCAGAUUUGCGGCACGUGCACUCCAAGGUUAAGAAACAGUACCAGGAUAAGACGGCCGAGCUGGCUCAUGCAAACCGGCGUGUGGAGCAGCAUGAAGCGGAAGUUAAGAAGCUCAGACUGAGGGUGGAGGAACUGAAGAAAGAGCUGGGUCAGGCUGAAGAUGAGUUGGAUGAAGCUCAUAACCAAACCAGAAAGCUACAGAGGUCUCUGGAUGAGCAGGUUGAACAAUCAGAGAACCUUCAAGUUCAGCUGGAGCACCUACAAUCCAGGCUAAGGCGUCAGCAGAAUCCUGGUAUGUUUGGCAAUAUCAGGACAUCGGCUUCAUCACGUUUUGGGCCUGAAAAUGCAGAUGGACCAGCCAGUGAUCCAGAUGAUGAAGAGGAGGAAGCACUUCAGCUCCAGAUCCCCUGAAACAUUCACUCCAGACCACGGGAAUGUACGAAAGACUCAUAGAUUGCACCCAAGCAUUUCACCGUCCUCUUUAUUUCAUUUCACAGCUGGAACCAUCGAUUUGAAAGACUAGACUGUCUGUCUCCACUCCCCUCAGCAGACAGAUGAUGUCAACAAUAAACAACUUAAAAAGUGUGUGCCAGAGACAAACCAGUGCUGUAAACUGUUUCUGAAGUCUUGUUUAAAGGUCAUUUGUUUGUUUUUCUGUUGUUGGUUACAGUCCAAGAAGGCACAUAUAUUAUAGAAUUACAGAGAUACUAUAUACAUGUAUUUACUGGUUCAUAGACUGCUAGUUGAGUAAAUUUGUGAGUUAGCUUUUCUCCCUGUAUUUCAAUAAUUACUCAGACAAACGUGUCUUGUGCUGUUUCGUAAAGGGAUAGUCACCCAAAGUAUGUUCAUGCAUGCAUCAUCUUUCCUCAUUUAUUCACCCUUAUGCUGUUCAAAACCUGUGUAGGACUCUGUGGAGCACAAAAGAAGAUAUUUUGAAAAAAAAGUCUCAGUGGUUUCGGGCCCAUACAACGGAAAUCAAUGGUGGUAAAAAGACAAUUUGGUGAGCAAAGCAUUCUUCAAAAUAUCUUCUUUUGUGUUCAACAGAAGAAAGAAAGUCAUACAGGUUAAGAAUGGCGUGAGGGAGUAAAUGAUCAAGGAAUUUUCAAUUUUGGGUGAACUAUCCUUUUAAAUAUCAUAGGAAUCACCUCUAUAUGUUUUCAGGGUCCUAUAAACCUGCGGCAUAGGCACCAAACAGUCCAUUUGAAAUAUUGUGUCUCGCAUAUAAUAGUAGCAUAUAAUGGCACACACACGAUCAAGCCUAAUACGCCAUUGUGUUUAAACUAUCAAAGAUAAAAUUAUAUGUUUUGGACAUUACAUCCCCAUUUUCAGUCUGAUCUGUGACCUCAGAUGAGCUCUAAAAUCAUCUUAAGCAGUUGUUCAUACUUGUGUCUCUGCUGCUUAUCUACAUUCAAGCUUCCUCUUCUUUUUCCUUGUCAUCACUUGCUUUGUAAUUUGUGUCGCUUGUCAGCCAUACAUUUUUCCUCUUGCUCUUCACUUUCAUUUUUAUUUCAUAUUUAAUCAUUCGUCAGCACUCCUGUACACACCCCCAUCUUGAGAACUAACUCUCACAUCAAUAUUCAAAACAACCCAUUUAGCACAUGAUGAUUUUGUUUCCUGUGUCUGGGGAGCAUUUUAUUUCUGCUGUGUUGUUACUGAUGGGCCAGCAAGUGCUGCUGUUCAGCAGUAGACCUGCUUGUAAUUGUCCCAGAGCUUUUCCCGUGGCCACAUAAACGUGUUUCCGUCUUUGCAGUGGAAGAGUCGUCUUGUGUUAUGUACAGUAGGAUGUGGGGAAACUUGUAAAUGAGUCGGUGGGGUUCUUUUAACAAAAGUACAACCAGAGUUCUUUCCUUUCGUGCAUAACGUUACUUGUGCACGAGGGAACACUUUGUUCUGUUGAUAUUUAAGCAGUUGUUUAAGCAAUAUGAUGCUGUCUACACAUCAGCAAUGGGACCAAUACUGACCCGACUGGGACAUUUAUACUGGUCAUAUUAAAGUAUUUAUCAGAGCUCGUUUUUUACUUAAGUGGUCUGUAUUACAGUUUUGUAUUUUUUUGUGUUUGUAUUUUACUUCUAUAAAUGUUAAGUGUAUAUA